AUGACUUGCGUCGUCGGGAUAGGUGUCAUCACAAUAGCUCCGCAUUCUUGUAGUGUGUGUAGCUAUGCUCCAGGUUCAAUACCCUUUGAUGGGUACGGGUUUUGUGGUCUUAGGCAUGUGAGUGAUCAUCACGACGCUAGGUGUCCGCAUUGUGAUGGUUUGAUGAAUGUCCCAAUGACGUUCUUUAGGUGGCCUAGUAAUGAAGAAGCUACGGUGAAGGAGACUGUUACUUAUAUGGUGAUGGAUGACCUUUUAGUCAAGCCAAUGUCCACUAUCACAAGCAUUACUCACAUCAAUAACUAUGGUGUGAAAGGAUUUGAGCCAGCUUGA